GGAGAUCUGGAGAAACGAAGUUUUUGUCCUAAUUUUCAGAAAGUCCACAAGACAAGUGAAUUGGGAUGAGGAAUUAAAAGGUGUUGGACAUGGCAAGUUAUUCAUCAUUGUCGAGCUAUGCUAAACGUAUGGCUUUUCUCAGUGCACGGAUAUUUGGAGAAGUUGCUCGUCCCACCAACCAGAAGUCGAUGAAGGUCGUUAAGAUGUUUAGGGAGAAACCAAAUGAUUUAAAUAGUGAAAUUGUUAGUUAUUACCCACCACAUCAUCAACUUACUACACUAAUGUUCAGAUUAAGGAUGCAUGGUUUAUUCAGAGAUGAACAUCAAGAUUUUAAAGAAGAAAUGAGAAGACUUAGAAGGUUAAGAGGUAAAGGACGACCGAAAAAGGGGGAAGGAAAACAAGUGAAGAGAAAAUGAAACAUUGUUUGUAUUGUAGAUAGAACCACAUUUUAAGCUAUUCAGGAGUUGUAGUUGUGUAACUGUGAAUAAAACGUUUGCAAUUUCUUGAAA